GCGCCGCCGCCGCGCCGCCACUCGGCGCCCGACGCGCUGCCGGCGCCGUUGUACGUGCGGUCGGCGCCGGCGUCGCCCCUGCACCGGCCGCUGCUCACGCUGGAGGAGGAGCCGGCGUCGCCGCCCCCGACCUCCUCCUCCGACGCCGACGCCGACGCCGACCCCUCGUCGCCGCCCCCGCCGCCCUUCUCGCCGCCGCCGGCCUUCGACCAGACCGCCCACGCGCUCCUGCCGCAGCACCUGCCGCCCCUGCAGUUCUCCCCGUCCCUCGGCCCCUCGCCCACGCCCUCGCUCUCGCUCUCGCCCGCGCCCACGCCCGCGCCCGCGCCCGACGCGGGGGCCACGCAUCAGCGGCAAAAACUGCAGCACAUCUGCACUCUUGGCAAAAAAUACGUGAGUUUGCUCAGGUGCUUGUCAACGGCGGCUCAUCAAUCCUUCCUUUUGCGGAAGAAUCCUGAAGGAGCUGCCGAUCCAGCAAAAGCCGGCAUUGAUCACAAACGAGCAAAGCAAAAGGUUAUCGCGUACAAAAAUGGUCAUUGAAUGUUCUUGGAAAACGAGGGCAUUUUUGACAUGAGUGAAUUGAUGUUCUCACUGAGAAUGAAAAGUUGGCGCUGGAUAAUAAAGUUUGGUAUUAGAAGAAGGCGCUUGGAGGUCGUGAUUGAAAAUCCCCAAGCGAAAUGUCUGCCAAAGAUGAUUCAAAAUGAAGUACCAAUUUCGAAAUCGAGUUGGACUAAACACAAACGUAAUUAGAAAAAAGAAGAAAUUUAGUGAAAUGUAUUAUUUCCCCUUUCUUUGUUAAAUAUUAUGAAUGUUUACUUAGAAAUACGUACAUCUAAACGUUGGUACUUAAUUCAACGAAACUAAUUGUCAUUAUUUUCAUCGUGUACUAUUUAGGGACAAAUAAUUAAUUUCUUUUAUUUCUAAUAAUGCGAUCAGUGAUGAUAAACAUUUGGAAUUACUCGUCAAGAGAACCAUAAGUGCCGAUAUAUCGCGUUAUAAAAACAUCUGACAAUUUCAUGCCUUAUCCAAAUUCUAAUUUCUCAUUAUUUUCACGCGUCUACUCGCAAAUUGUGAUAUUAGUUUUAGACUGUACGUGAAUGGAAAGUUAAGUUUUAAUGAUGUGCAUCAUCUUUUGUUUCGUUCGUGAACAUUUCGAGUUUUCAAAAAGCAGCCGAAGCAAACAAAAGUUCGUCUUCGUAAUAAAAUGUAAGUUGAAAAGGGAAACGGGUUCCUUCAAAGCCGUGUGUACCUUUUGAAAGUUAAGAAGUUCAUUAUUAAUAAAGUCGAGAUAACUAAAAGACGGUGAUUUAACGUAUUUCGAAAAGAAACGAAUGUACAGUAAACAAUCGACACGCGACGUAUAGAAUAGCAUUUAUUAAAAUUAAGUAAUAGAACUUAUCUCUCAAAAUAUCCAGGGCUGAAAAAGUGUCCGAUGAGUCGUCAUACUUCAUGCUGGAAAUCAUACAUUUCGAUUUCAAAAAUCGCAUUCACAUUUGUGCAUUAAACGAUUGCAGUGCCUAUUAAUAUAUUAGAAAAGACCACAUGUAAGUGAGGGAGGAAACUUCGAAAGUUUUUUUCUAUAUUUUGUUACAAAAUUCCGGGUAUUGUGAUCUACUUUACUACAGAAGCUUUCUAAUAAUGCGUUCACUGUUUUUUAAAAGACAAAAAUUGGGAAAUAUUGUUGCUAAAUUUAACUAUUAAACAGGAAUAAGGUUGAUAAUUGUAGUAGGAAAAUCAAUUAAAUCACUGGAAAGUAUUAGUUUUUAUGGCGCGCCGUUGUAUUUUCAAUGUAAAGGUAACACAAGCAGCGUCACUGCGUCGCUUUGCUUUCAAAUCAAUUUUUGACUGCUCAGACGAAAGAAGUAAGCAUGGAUGGUAUUCAGUUGUGUACACUCAGGAAGCACUAUUGUUUCUCAUCCAUGCAACAAAAUAAUGAAGUCGUAUGAGCAUUAAGUGUAGAAUCUCUCUUUAAAAAGUGCCUCAUUAUCUUUUCCUCGCUUACUUGUGAUUGGCAUUAAUGGUAUUAUCUUCAAUUUUCUGAUCGUGUAUUUUAUGACUACUGUUGUCAAUUUUUCAAUAUAAAAUCCUUUCUGUGUUCCAGUUGAAGAUUUCGGGAGAUCAUUGCCA